AUGAAAAUCUGGAUUGUCCUUUGUUUGACAAUACUCUGCCUGGAGCUCCAAAAUGGGGUCUGUCAACAAGGCAAGCGCAAGGAGAACGUAGGCGAGAACCGCAUCAGGCCAGGUGGGAAACGGGUGAAGCUGCGUCACCCCAGCCUGAAAGAUGGCAGAGGAAGAGGUCAGUCCCUACUUACACUAGUGUUGGAUAAGGGCCGCUUCCUGCGGCUAGGCCAAAGCACAACUCUGAUGCCUGGGAAGAACAUGGAGCUGCGCUGCAAAGGCAGCAACAUCGGAUGGUCGUACCCGUCCUACCUGGACACAUUCAACGACUCGCGGCUCAGCAUAAAGCAGAGUGACAAGUACAGUCAGCUGAUCCUGACGUCACCCUCUGCAGCUGACACGGGGCCAUACAGUUGUUGGGUGAUCAUUUGCGAUGGAACAGAGUGCGAGAAGGAUCACGAUCGUGUCUUUGUCUCGUACAUCUACUUCACAGACAAGGACAACCUCUUCGUCCCCUCUACCAUUCACUUUGAGAUCGUGUACCUGCACCCAGACAGGCCUGCUGUUGUGCCCUGUCGUGUGACUGACCCACAAGCCAAAGUGUCCCUCCACAGAGAAGUCCCACCAGAGGAGAUCCUAGCAAAUGGUACUCUGGUGACCUAUGAUCCCACCAAGGGAUUUGUCCUGCAAAGUCCUGAUCCAGAACAUCAGGGUGUCUUCUACUGCAAAGCCAUGUCCAGGAGCACCCCUCAAAUCUCCACAAAAUACCAGCUGCUCUAUGUGGAGGUUCCGACUGGGCCGCCAUUUGUGAGCCUGGAAGCAUCUUCAGAUUCUGUGAGAGGAGGCGACAACAUCAAUGUGACCUGCACUGUGCUUGGGGAGCCAGAGGUGGAUGUAAAAUUCAUCUGGUCUUAUCCUGGUCAGGACUUUCGCCCUGUUCACAUUCAGACUUCCUGGAGGCUGGUCAAUAGAGGUGUGGGACACAUCAUGCGGAUCUCCCAGAGCAUCAUGUCUGUAGAAGACAUGGAGACCAUUUGACUUUGGAAAUUAUAUCUGUAAAGCAAAGAACCAGCAUGGUGAAACCACUUUGACAACAUCCAUCCUCUCCAUCUAAUCCCAGCACUGCCAUCUGUGUUAAUUUUGUUUGUUGUGGGAGUGUGAUUGUCACGCAACAUACCGUGUCACCGACCGAACGGUCCCCUGCCUUCACUAUGCAUGCGUCAUUAGCCGCGGUUCACGAUUAUCGCCUCGUUCCUGCUUCAAACUGCACCCCAGUCAUCAUCUAUCUCAGUGGCAGAUAUCUGAAGCUUUUGUACAACAAUCAUUUCCACAUAAUUUCAGCAUUAUUUCAUCAUAAAAGAGAGGAAACUAUCAGGGCGCCACGGCUGUGAGCUGAUGCGUUCACUGCAUGUCCGUCAUUUCAAAGUGUCACAGAGUAUUGAAUUGUUUCUGCUUAAAACUGCCUCGUUUCUACUUCAAACUAACUUUAGAAUGAUUUAAAAGGCUUUAC